AUGAACGACCUAAUGACGAAAUCGUUCAUGAGUUACGUUGACCUAAAAAAGGCAGCGAUAAAGGAUUUGGAAGCAGGACAUGACCUUGAUCUCGAGAUGGCGAACAAGACGGACGAGAAUCUGUCUUCUUUCUUAGAAGAAGCGGAGAACGUGAAAGCAGAAAUGGGAUUGAUCGGCGAGACGCUGGCUCGGAUCGAGCAGUACAACGACGAGAGCAAAGGUGUGCACAAGGCCGAGUCGGUGAAGUCCCUGCGUAACAAGAUCUCCAAUGAGAUUGUGUCCGGUCUAAGGAAGGCGAAAUCGAUAAAAUCGAAGCUGGAAGAGAUGGAUAGAGCGAACAGGGAGAUCAAAAGGCUCUCUGGAACUCCGGUUUACAGGAGUAGAAUCGCCGUGACAAACGGGCUGAGGAAGAAGUUAAAGGAAGUGAUGAUGGAGUUCCAAGGGCUGAGGCAGAAGAUGAUGAGUGAAUACAAGGAAACUGUUGAGAGAAGGUACUUCACUGUCACUGGAGAGUAUCCAGAUGAGGAGAUGAUUGAGAAGAUCAUCACUGAUAACACAGGAGGGGAAGAGUUUCUCACACGAGCGAUCCAGGAGCACGGAAGAGGAAAAGUCUUGGAAACCGUGGUUGAGAUUCAAGACAGGUACGAUGCGGCUAAGGAGAUAGAGAAGAGCUUGUUAGAGCUUCAUCAGGUGUUUCUGGAUAUGGCUGUGAUGGUGGAAGCACAAGGUGAACAGAUGGAUGAGAUCGAGCAUCAUGUGAUGAACGCGAGCCAUUACGUCAAGGAUGGUGCUAAAGAGCUCAGUACCGCAAAGAAACAUCAGAAAAACAGCAGGAAAUGGAUGUGCAUUGGUAUCAUUGUGCUGCUCUUGAUUAUCCUUAUCGUUGUCAUCCCCAUCAUUACCAGUUUCACCUCUUCUUGA